CCUGUACAUACUCCCAGUAAACUCACCCAAUACUUAGUAUCUCGCAUCUUGUAUCUUGUCACAUAUGUCCCUUCAACUGUCUAGUUUGUAAAAAGAAAAGGUAGAUCAGGAAAUAGAUUCUGAGCCGAAGUAAAUAGAUAAAAACAUGCUUUCCCAACCUAUCAACUUUCCUAAAUGGAUAGAAGAGAAUAAACAUUUAUUAAAACCACCUGUUGGUAACAAACUUCUAUUUCGAGGAGAAAACUUUCUCACAAUGAUCGUCGGAGGUCCUAACACCCGUGUUGAUUUUCAUGUGAAUACUACUGAAGAAUGGUUUUAUCAAUAUAAAGGAACUAUGGUAUUAAAAGUUGUUGAAGAGGGACAGAUCAAAGAUAUUAUUAUUGAAGAAGGUGAUAUGUUUUUAUUACCUGCUAACACACCUCAUUCUCCUCGUAGGGUAGAAAAUACAAUUGGGAUAGUGAUGGAAAUGGUACGACCUGGUGAAGCCAUCGACACAAUGCAAUGGUAUUGUCCAAACACAUCCCACACCUCAUUAGUAAUGAUAAAACAAGUUCAAUUUCAUUGUUCAGAUCUUGAAACUCAAUUGAAACCAGUGAUAAACUCUUGGAUGGAAGAUGAAGAAGGAAGGAGAUGUAAAGAAUGUGGAGAGAUAGCUCCUUCGAAACCUUGAUUCACUCUUUGAUGACAAGUGGUUUUAGUGGUCGUUAUCUCUUUGUUUUGUCAUUCAGGAAAUUUGUCGAUUUAUCCCUCUGUCUUCUGUCUUCUAUCAAAUAUGUCGAUCUGUCCACCUGUCUUCUGUCAUCUACGAAGUAUGUCGAUCUAUUCCCCUGUCUUCUGUCAUCUACGGAAAAUGUCGUCGAUUCAUCUCCCCGUCAUCUGUCGGUGCCACCAUGUCAACCUGUCGUUCAUCUACAACUCCUGUCAUCUAUCAAUCGUCAUUGUCGAAAUACAUCAACAUGGCCUCUACUCAGUAUUGUCUUUCAACAGUAGAGUAGACAAUUGAUGCAUAUACUGUACUUCUU